CUUCACUGCGAGUGAAAUUAGGAUGCAAAGGUGACGCCGAUUAGUACCUGUCCGUACUAAUUGUACCUGGCUACAGUACGUAAGUGGCACUAAAACGGGCACUAUAUAUACACGCAUCCAACGGCCCAAAAGCACCCAUCUUUCCAACCUACUCACCCUGCUUGUCUCUUGUAUAAAUCAUCAUAAGAGCUCCAUCUCCUCUGACACCAGGAAGCACAAAGCCCUCACACGAUCGAGCAUAGUGGUGCUAUAGUUUUUUAGUGUGCUCUGGUGCGUGUGAUCGGUCGGUGGAAUGGACGAGUCAUGGAGGUGCACGAUGGGCGCGGUGCUGCCGCGGCAGCGCUCGUCGGACGGCCAAAAGAGCCUCGCCCCCGACGACUUCCGGGACGUGUUCGGCGGCCCGCCGCGCACCGUGCUCCUUAGCAGCUUCUGCGGCGACGCCGGUGCCGCUGACUACCACGCCGCGACGGCCGGCCAGUACCCGUACUACUCCUACGGCGGUGGCGCCGACGCCUUGUGCCGCCGAGACGGCCGUGGCAGGCCGGCGUCGGCGGCCGUGCCCACCGAGGAGGGCUUCUUCGACGACAUCUUCGGCGCCCGUGCCCGUCAGGUGCGGUCGAGGUCCAGGUCCAAGUCGACCAAGUCUUCGUCGGUGAUCAGCUCCGACGAGUUCGGCUCCGGCCGCUCCGCCUUCCGGUCGGCGGCCAGCGGCGGCGGCCGUGGAGACGCCGCCCUCUCCUCCUUCGCGUCCAAGCUCAGGCCCAUUGCGAUCCCGUCGCGCCGGUACGACUCGUCGCCGCCGUCGAGCGUGUCGACGAGGGCGGAGUACCAGAGCAGCUUCACGUGCUCGACGGCCGCGUACCCGGCGUGCCGCUACUACUACGGCAACGGCGGCGACUGGACGAACCAUAGUGGCAGCAGCGCGGCGUCGUCGGCGGUCAGCAACAACGGCGCCGCCGCAGAGAGCUCCUCGUCGCGGCACCACCGCGGCUUCUGCUGCUUCACGUCGAACCCCGAGACCAGCAGCCGCGAGCCGAGCUUCCGGCGCACGCAGCGGCGCGGCAGGGCGCGGUCACCGGCGCCAGACUACGCCGCCGACACGAGCACCGAGUGCUCCGGCGCCGCCGACGACUACGGGUACUACUACUCGCCGUCCUCGGCCGCGUCGUCGUCGCUCUUCGGCAACCCGCCGCGGCCGCGGCCACACCGGCUGGAGGAGGCGGUGAUGCAGGAGGCGAUGAUGAUGGAGGUGAGGGAGCGGGCGCCGCUGCUCAUGGACGACGACGGCGACAUCGACAGCGUCGGCGCGGCCGCCGUGGACGAGGCGAUCGCGUGGGCCAAGGAGAGGUUCUGGAGCCAGGCCUAGCAUUCAUUAGCAGUGGCAGAAGCAUGAUUUGAUUUGAAGGCCCACAUUAGGUCUCAACUCUCAAGUCUCCACUAAAAGAAGACAAAGAUUGAUUUGAAGUUGCAACUACACUGACAUUCUAGAUUAUGUGGCCAUUGAUGAUAUGUCCAGAUCAACAUUUCUUUCCACUGUAAUGUUUUAUCAUGGCGUAUUGAACACAUUUGCAUAUCAAACCAAAUAUACAAAGCAGGAUGCCGCAAGAUUG